AUGACCAACGACACCUCCCAGUCGGGCGCCGCCCCCGCAGACAAGACUUCCUUCGCCCUCAAGGCCGGUCUCGCCCAGAUGCUCAAGGGCGGCGUCAUCAUGGACGUGACCAACCCCGAGCAGGCCCGCAUCGCCGAGGACGCGGGCGCCUGCGCCGUCAUGGCCCUCGAGCGCGUCCCCGCCGACAUUCGCAAGGACGGCGGCGUCGCUCGCAUGUCCGACCCCUCCGUCAUCAAGGCCAUCCAGGAGGCCGUCACCAUCCCCGUCAUGGCCAAGGCCCGCAUCGGCCACGAUGUCGAGUGCCAGAUCCUCGAGGCCCUCGGCGUCGACUACAUCGACGAGAGCGAGGUCCUCACCCCCGCCGACGACGAGUCCCACGUCGAGAAGGCGCCCUUCAGCGUCCCCUUUGUCUGCGGCUGCCGCAACCUCGGCGAGGCCCUGCGCCGCAUCGCCGAGGGCGCCGCCAUGAUCCGCACAAAGGGCGAGGCGGGCACGGGCGACGUCGUCGAGGCCGUGAGGCACAUCAAGACGGUCAACAGGGAGAUCGCCCAAGCCAAGGCCGCACUGGCCGAGGGCGGCGUCCUCCGCGUCCGUGAGCUCGCCCGCAAGCUCGAGGUCGACGCCAAGCUCCUCCAGCAGACGGCCGAG